AUGAGAACGCGCAAUAAUACAGCGGCUGCUGCUGUGGCCGGCCAGAAUAAUACGACUAUUCCCAAUGGUCAGGGUCAUGGACAUGCUCGUACCUUGUCUGGAGCUGCACCGUUUAAUGAGAUGGCUGCCCGAAGUCCGCCGAAUUCGAGUACAAAAAACACAAAGCAUGUACCAUGCAAAUUCUUUCGCCAAGGUGCCUGUCAAGCCGGCCCUGCUUGUCCGUUCCUCCACUCAACCGAUGCGGCUAUCGACUCUGCUCCGUGUAAAUACUUCACAAAGGGAAACUGCAAAUUUGGCGCCAAAUGCGCAUUAGCACAUAUCCUCCCCGACGGUCGUCGUGUAAACAGACCCAACUACGGCCAAGGCGGAGGCAGUCAUUUAAACCUGGGUGGUCGUGUGAAUCCUCAGGCAUUUCAGACUCAGGACUCGGCUCUCACGAACUCGGUAUUGUCGCAGCAGCGCCUGAACGGACAGGACGGUCGAUACGGGGGUGGUUACCAAUAUGCGGGUCAAGGACAGGAAGAGUUGCUGGGUGUUCCGCAGUCUCAUCUUCACCAACAGCAUCAACACCAACAGCAACCAACAUUGGAGGGACUUGGAUUAUCUACGGGAGAAAAUGGAUUGGUGGCCGAUUCCAAGUACGGUUCCCCAGUGGACGAGAGCCGAUUACAGACUUCCCCCCGCAUUGGAGCUUUGACUUUGCGGGAUGUACAACUCCCAGCUUCGUUUGAUAGCCAGGGUAUUUCGCAUGUAGCGCGAUACGGACCUGUUGCAGCCUCGGUGCCUUCACAGUUUGGGCUGGAUCUAGCUUCGCCGCCGGUGCAUAGAGCGCCCUCUGAUGCGUUGAGGAAUCUGCGUGAUACGGCGUUUGGAUCUGAUUUGCGCAAACCCACAUCGAACUUUGGAUCGUCGCCGCCAGCCAUUCUUGAAGACUCAUUUGGAAAUUCGCGAUUCUUGCAUUCUCAGCGAAUGGCGCCCCGGCCAAAGGUGCUAUCGGCAAGUGUUCCGCGUCCAACUAUGCUGGAUGAUUGGGAUGAUAACUUCGCCAUGGAAGAAGAUUAUCUACCGGUCAACCUGCACGACGACGUGCUCACGCCACAGGAGAAAAUGAGGCGACUAUCCCGGACGGAACAUGAACUAAGCAGCAGUCAACGAGACUUUAGCGGGUUUGACCGUAUCGCAGGCACCAGUGCAACAAAAGUCGGCUCGCCCCUGGGAUCAAGUCCUUCUCGAUUCGGUGCAUUAUUUGCACGGCAGCGCCAAAGGAAAGAAGAGGAACAACAAGGAUUGACAUCUUCAUCCUUCAAUCAUCUUCACAUCGGCUCACCACUUCGCGAAUCUUCUCUGCAUUCCUUUAGCAAUGCCACCAACAACAAUAAUACAUCAAGCCCCAGUCUCCGUCCGAUUGGCAGUCGUCCUGCGUCAGGCGAUAUAUCGCCGUUCGUCUCCAGUCCGAAUACGCGUCAAUCUUCAAUGUCUAUGAUAUCUCAGCAAUUGCACAAUAUGUCUCUCCACCCGUCUACCACCACCACAACCGCCUCGAAUCCACCUCGUCAACCUCCCUCGGUGAAUAAUCUGAGUAACAACAGCAGAACAGCCUCUUCACCAAUGACGUUCGCGCCAACCCGUAUCGACGAAGAAGAGCAAUCUGACCUUGUCUUCUCAAUGGAAGAAGAGGAGAAAGAGAACAAUAAACGCAACAGCGCGACGUGGACGGAUCUGAAUAAACAGGCUGCGGCGUCGUCUACGUCUGUGUCGUCGGGUAAUACGGAGACGAAUGGUUUCUAGUCUGUAUAUAAAUGAUUGGAUGGGAGCUCUUUGAAGGGAUACAAAUGUCAUUCAUUCAAAAAGAGUGAAAGGAACAAAACAGAAAAGACUCUUCUUAUUCAUACUGGCGUUUUUCCAGGGCAUACAUGCAUACAUACUUGAUGUUAUCAUGAAACAAAGAAUCAUGUACAGAUUUCUCUUCUCUUUUUUCCUUUCCAUUCUCCCCAUUCUGUCCUUGUUGGAGUAUUUAUGUGCAUUGCUUGUAUUGUUUUCUUUUUGAGGUCAUGUCGGCGUACUUGGAGUGAAGACGAACUUCAAAGAUAUUUAAGUCAAAGACAGAGAUGAAGUACUAUUAA